AUGAGAGAAGAAGUAGAAGCGUUGUUCAUUUGCAUUCAUUUCUUUUGUUUGUUGGCUCCACAAAACCAGCAGCAACAGCAGCAACAGCAGCAGCAGCAGCAGCAGCAGCAGCAGCAGCAGCAACAGCAGCAAGAGCAAUUAAACGUCUGCUGCAGCAAAGAUAUCUGGGGGCCACUUGCUACGCUGAUUCAGCAGCAACAGCAGCAGCACCAGCAGCAGCAACAGCAGCACCACCACCAACAACAGCAGCAGCACCAGCAGCACCAGCACCAGCAGCGCCAGCAGCAGCAGCACCAGCAACAGCAGCAGCAGCAGCAGCAGCAGCAGCAGCAGCAGCAGCAGCUGAUGGAUAACAUACUGUGCGAGUUGUAA